AUGGCCACCGAUCGGGAAGAGGACGCUAUGAAAGUGUUAGAGCGGAUCAAAUGGCAUGCAUACCCGACGGCUACUGCUGAAAUUAAGCAAACAUUAGCAGCCGAGAAAUCUGCAACCGUUCCAGGAUGGAGAGUCAUGUUCACUGUGCCUCAAUGGAGAACGAGAUUGCUGCAUGGCGUCGCUGUUCAAGUGUUCACUCAGCUGAGCGGAACCAAUCUAAUCUUUAUAGUCUUCUUUCUUGAUCGCGUGGGACGCCGCAAGCCGCUCCUUUUAGGAACGAUUGGAAUCACAAUAGCAUUAAUCUGCGAAGGCACUAUCAAUAGCCAAAACGUUGGGGGAACGCGCCACAGCCUGUCAAUUGCCGGAGUCUUCUUUAUCUUUCUCGUCUCGGUCAUAUUUUCUUUCUCCUUCGGCCCAAUAUCGUGGGUGUACAUAGGAGAGGUCAUGCUAAUGCAAAUUCGAGCUCGAGGAAAUGCUUUUGCAACUGGGAUUGGGAACUGGCUCGUCGCGACAUUCUUCGCGCAGGUUUCUCUUAUUGCCCUCGGCGAAAUUGGCUGGAAAUUCUACUCUGUCUUUGUUGUAUUCAAUGUUGUUGUCAUAUUCCCAGUCAUAUUCUUCUUUUUCAAGGAAACGAAGCAGGUGUCUCUUGAGGAUAUUGAUCUCCUGUUUGGCGAGAGAGCCUUAGGUGCCUUGCCGGAUGAUUUGCACAAAGGAAGGGCUUUUGAAAUGCAACCAGGGGCUGUCGAGGCAGAGAGGAUCCAUGAGGUUGGGACUAAAGUGUAG